AACCUAAACCUAAACCUCCGACCAUCUCUCUCAACCUUAUCUCCCUCUUCCCCUUACGCCCCUUCCUCUUCCGAUCAGGAUCAUGCCCUUGCUUCUCCGUCCAAUCACACUGCAUCUCCUCCAACUCCUCCUUUAGGUGAGAAUAGGAAGCCUUCUUCGCAUUUUGGUAUGUUUUUUUUCCACAACACUUGUUUUUUGUCCCAAAUCCGUCGGGUUUCCCUGAAAACAAACCAUUUUUGUUCUUGCCUUCCCAAAUCCGUCGGGUUUCUCCUUCCCGAUCGCCAUGUCCUCCUCCCUCCUCCUCCUCCUUUCUCUCUUCUUCCCUUCCUCCCUCUCCGCGGCGGUGACUGCCAAAUCGUCGGCCUUGCCGUCCAACAGCUCCACUGUCUACGACAUCCUCCAGGAGUACAACCUCCCUCCCGGCAUCCUCCCCGACACCGUCAAGUCUUUCUCCGUCGCUUCCAACGGCUACUUCGUCAUCGAUCUCUACGGAGAGUGCUACGUCGACUUCGAGUACGUCGUCUACUACGCCCCGCGCGUGUCUGGCUUCCUUGGCUCCAGCUCCGGCUCCGUCUCUAACCUCGAGGGUGUCCAGAUCCGGAGCUAUCUCAUCUGGUACGACGUCAGCUACAUCAAGGUCGACCUCCCCUACUCCGAUUUCGUCUACAUCCAGUUCGGCUAGGUCACUCGCAAGUUCGACAUUGACUAGUUCCAGCACAUACACUCUUGCAGAGGGAAUCUCUCUCUGUUUCAGCGCGCCAAGAAGGUUGUCCGUUCAGCGUUCGAGUUCUGAGGAGCUAACCUUCAUGUGUGACACAGAGUGAAGGUGAAUUUUCCCUUCCUAUUGCUUAUAAGAAAGGGCUUAUAUAUGUUUCAGCAUUGUCAAGGUAAGAGAAUAUAGAUAUACUGAACACUAUAGCAUAAUUAGUUGAUUUCCAGAAAAUUCAGUGAUAACCAGUACAUCUAUCUUUCCUUGCCUUGAAAACUGGUUUCUGAACUAUAGAUAUAUAGAGAGAAUAUUUGCAGAGUCAAUAUAGGCAUGGGUCAUGUUCAUUUUAGUUAGCAUCAUGCAGUGACUUUGCAAUCCUGGUUAGGAUGUUAUGGACAAAGGAAUCAUAAUUAAGAGGAAUCAUAUGAAGUUGUUGGGUUGUUGAUGCCAUCUUUUCCCUGGGUAGUAUCGAUGUUAUUUUCCUCUCACUUAUAAGCAUUCAAACUUUGGAUCAUUAUUAUUGCUUGUACUUUGUAGUCUAGGUUUGGUUUGCAGUCAUUGUGUUAUUCUUUAAGAGGAUUAACAAGGUUAUCAAAAUUCACAUGAAAGAUACAAACCAAAAGACGGGAUUUGCAUGAAGCAAAUAGGUGGUGAACUGGCAAUUCACUUAGUCUAGAUUCUAGAAGAACGUCUUAGCUGCUUACUUAGUUCUGAUUGGUUAUGAGAUAAUUCAUGAUGACGGUGCUUGAUGGCGAACACCACUUGCAUUGUCAGUCAUUAAUUGCAUUGCAGAGACAGGCUAGUUAUAUCGUUUACCUCUGUGAUAUCGAAUAUGAUUCGUGCAUGUUAACUAAUAGAUAAAAUAGGAAAAAGUGAUGGCAGUCUGCUGUUUGAAUUUUCAUAGUCAUUUAGGUGCAUGGGAUAAAUAUUGAUUAUAAAAGAAAUAUCAUAAAAGAUUUUAGAAAGAAAACCUAAAAAUUAUCUGAUGAUAUGUUUUUAUUUAUUGUUUUAAGUACUAGGUUUUUGCCCUGACAUUAAACCAUCACAAAUAAUCAUGUUAGUUAUUUCUCAUCGUGUUUUGU